CGGAAACCUUUGUGGCUGGUGUUGAGAGUUUAGCUAACAGUGCUAACAGCUCGUCGCAUUACAUGAUUUAAAGUGCUGCAGAGUCGGUAGUAAUGUCGCAUUUAACCUCCCCGACUUGUAGAUACCCUGCACACUGAUAAAACGUUGACUUUAAUAAACGUCGAGCUUGAAUCUUAAGUCUGAAAUAUGAUUUCGUUGGCAGCUAACGUUAGCUACCUAGCCAGCUAGCGUUAGCGCUCGGUUGCCAGACAACAGAGGAGGAAGCCAAACAAACCUGGCUGGCAGCUAACAGGCUAGCGGGAGCUAAUUAGCCAAAAGAGGCCAAGACUUGAUUUUGUGGUAUUUAAACAUUUCGUUGUAUGACUGGCAGCUGGUAAACUAACCUGAUGGCGGAUGAAGGGAGACGAGGAGACGAAGACGAACGCGGUCCCGGAGCAGCUCAUCAGGUGUUUGUGGUGAUGGAGUGUUUGCUGGAAAAGUUGAAGGUGUUGAACUACGAGGAGGAAGUUCUGGCCAAACACAACAUGAAACACCUGUCCAGACAUUACUUUGUCUCCAGUCCGUAUCUGGCGUUCAAUUCGGGCGAGCAGUUCUACAUGUUCACCAUCAUCGCAGCGUGGCUCAUCAACGCGGCAGGGAGGCCGUUCACCGAGCCUCAGGAGUACGACGAACCCAACGCCACCGUGUCCAACAUCCUGGCAGAGCUCAGGGCUUUCGGUGUUAAGGUGGACUUCCCGCCCUCCAAACUGAAAUCAGGUUCGGGCGAACACGUCUGCUUCGUGCUGGACCGACUGGCUGAAGAGGCUCUGAGGAGAAAGGGGUUCACCUUCAGAAGACCAAACUACCCAACAGAAACCACAGAAGAAGAGUCUGUGAUAGAGGACGACGCAGAGCUCACGCUCAGCAAAGUGGAGGAGGAGAUGAUCGAGGAGCCUGACGAUGAAGAGGAGAAUGUGAUGGACCUGGAGGCUCUGAAGUUACGAACCACUCGCACUGAAGUAGAACCUUCCUCCAAACCUGAUGAGAUCCUGGAGUCGACGAUUGAUGCCGCAGAGUGGAACCUGGAGGUGGAGAGAGUCCUGCCACAACUCAAAGUCACCAUCAGAACAGACAACAAGGACUGGAGGAUCCACGUGGACCAGAUGCAUCAGCACAGAGACGGGAUCCAGUCCUCGCUCAAAGAGGCCAAGAGCUACCUGGACAAACUGCAGGAGGACAUCGGUAAGACUCUUGAGAAGGUGAGCAGCAGAGAGAAGUACAUCAACAACCAGCUGGAGCAUCUGAUCCAGGAGUACCGCAGCGCUCAGGCCAAACUCAGCCAGGCAAAGGAGCGCUACCAGCAGGCCAGUGGAGGAGUGACUGAGAGGACCAGAGUCCUGGCAGAGAUCAGCGAGGAGCUGGACAAGGUGAAGCAGGAGAUGGAGGAGAAAGGCAGCAGCAUGUCUGAUGGAGCUCCGGUGGUGAAGAUCAAGCAGAGUUUGACCAAGCUGAAGCAGGAGAUUGUUCAGAUGGACGUGAGGAUCGGAGUCGUCGAGCACACACUGCUGCAGGCCAAACUUAAGGAGAAGUCUAACAUGACGCGCGACAUGCAUGCCACCAACAUCCCCGAGCCCGCUGCCGGACCCUUCGCUUAGGUUCAUCUCCACUUCGGUCCCUGUGCUUAGGUUUGCUUUCAAGCUGGCCUCCUGAGCCUAAAGAACAACACACACUUGUCUCCUUUAUUUCUCUCUUGAACUAAAAGUGUUGAGUCUCAUGAAGUCAGAUACUUAAAACUUUUAUUUUAAAACAGAAAAUAAAACAUUCCUUUUGUGUAUUGACGGUUUGGGUCCAGCAGCAUUAGGUCAUAAAAAAUUUAAUUUCAUCGCUUUGUCCCGAAUGUCACUUAUUUAUUUAAGUAUUUGCUUUAUUUUAUUUUCAUAGUACUUGGUAUAAUCUUUUGUGUAUAUAAACAUUAAAUACAAUUGUUAUUUUAAUAUUUA